AUGUUGGAAGACUUGCCAAGUUACGAAUAUUACAUUCCAUCCGAAUGCUAUGUAUCAGCAUAUCAAGAGUCAUUCUCGAAGACUCCAUCGUCGAACAUCAGUUCUUCAAUUGAUAUUCUUCUACCUAACGGUCUGGUGAUAUGUCUCAAACAUGAUAAAUUCAAAACACUAGCAGAUGUUCGUCAUGAAUUACGUAAAAACUACGGAAUUUCAUGGUCAUUUCAUUUUCUCUCGAUUACACAUACAUUUACGAAUGAAACAGGUGAUUUACUCUUAGACGAACAGCAAUCAUUCGACACACUCGGUCUAGUCUAUCCAUUCGUUCGCGUGAGUGACAAAGGUGAAUUGCCAACUCCAUUGUGUAAAUGGUUAUCAUCCGUUGAUCAAGUCGAUAUAGAAUCUCUGAUACAAUUUACUGAACAACUUGUUGAAUGGCGUGAUACGACUACUCCGCAAGAAAUUCUCCACGCUCCUCCGUCAAUCUCGCAUACAAUCCUGUCAAAUAUCGAUUCAUUUCUUGUUUACAUCGAACGACCAAAGAAGUCGUAUCCGUGUGUGCCAAGUACAACUUGUCUGCAAUUGAUUGAAAAUAUUCUUGUCGAUCAGAAUAAAUCAUCGUUAAUUUAUUCAAAUGCAUCGACUCUGCCAGUGCUGAAAUUUUCUCAUCGAAAUGAAUUCUUACUAUUCACCGAGCCGUAUCCCUUACUCCAAUACAGUUACAUUCAAGAAUGCUUACAGAAAAAUGUUCAAAUCAAUUUAGAAUUAAUCUACAUUCAGCUACCGAAGAAAAGCAAAAAAAUCGGACAAAAACAUUCGUGUCAUGAACCAGCUAUUUUCCGUUCAUUGGAUCAUCCAUCAACGCUUGCAAAUUCUAACAAAGAAAACCAUUCUCGUGAUCAAUUACUGCCUCACCAAUCUCCAUCAACAUUAUUCAAAUUCACUUUUCGACUCCGGCCCUCUGCCAACGCUAAACAAACCAUAUUUCAAUUACAUUCAGGAAUCUACUAUUCCCGCCGAUGUUUAUUCUCGUUUGAUCCAAUCAGUUGGAAUAACACCUACACAGAAGAAAUUACCAAAGCAACAACAUUACCAAUUGCUAAUCUUCUUCCAGGAACACUACUUUGUUUGGCAUUGACAAGUAAACAGUCAGAAAUCUUCUUUCUAAAUGUGAGUUUAUUUCGUUCGAACGGAUUUCUGUUGAAUGGUUUACACGAAUUCACAUUUAAUUCAAUUAAAUUACAACAAAAUAUAGCGAAUAACAAACAUGUCUAUCCGGAUGCUUUUAUUGGCUCAUCGAAUAAUGAAUCGACAACGGACAAUUAUGAAAUCAAGCUAAAAUUCGACUUCGAAUCGUAUCGAUUCUAUUCGAAUGAAGAACUCGGCGAGAAAUUACUUAAGAUCAAUAUACCAACACCCACUGUUGUCACAACUGCCAAACAGCAACAACAUCAUCAAGAGUCCUGUGAUGAUGUUGCUAACGGAGAAGCAUUAAAUUACUUAUUAGGCGUUCUCAACGAUGAAACUCAAUAUAUGGUUCGAGAACCAUCUUGGCUCUCUGAUUGUUCAUUAGCUCCAAUCGAUGCAUUGCCUUGUGUUCUUCACUCUCUUCUGGGAGAAAUUCAUCGUGCCAUACUUUCUAAUAACACCAGUUCAACAAUAAUCUAUGAAAAACUCUUUUCAAUCUAUAAGAUAAUUAAUUCCUGGCCGCCUGUAUCAUUCGAAAUGUGCUUUUUUCUUUUGGAUGGUACUUUAUCGGACGCACAUAUACGUUCAUAUGCAGUUUCACAAUUGGAACACCUGCCGAAUCAUUUAUUUCUUUUCUACAUGCCACAAAUUCUCCAAGCAGCUUUACAAUUUGAACAUUUCAUCGAUACGCCACUAAUUCGCUUAAUUCUUAAACGCUCUCUCUGUCAUCGUGCUAUUGGACAACGAUUAUUCUGGACAUUGAAAGACAUCAAAACACGUAAUGGUCGCGUAAUGUUCGAAGUCUAUAAAACCUACUGUGGUUUAACAAUCGCCAACGAUUUACAAACACAAGUGACAAUAACAUUGAAGCUAAAUACAAUUAACCAACGAAUACGUUCGACAAAUGUUAAAGAUGCAAAUGGGAUGCGACAAGAACUACUGAAACGUUUAGAUGAACUGGACAAGAAUGCUUGGCGGUGUGUUUCGCCAUUAGAUCCGGGAUGUUUUCUUGGAACGUUAUUAAUCGAUGAAUGUCAAGUGUAUGAUUCAUUUAUGCGACCAUUUAAAUUAGUUUGGGAGAAUGCGUUGAAUCCGAAAUAUGAGCGUUUUGAACUGAUUUAUAAGAUUGGUGAUGAUCUACGACAAGAUGUUUUAACUUUACAAAUUUUUCGCUUAUUCGAUUCGAUUUGGAAGAAAAAUAGUCUCGAUCAAGUCAACGAGGAUGUUUCGCAAUUACAAAAUCUUCAUAUGACAUUCUAUGAUGUAAUGUGCACGAGUGAAACGACAGGUUUCAUACGUAUUGUGCCGAAUGCAUAUACAAUCUUGAAUAUUUACCAUCGAUUCAAUACAACUACAACGAUCAAACGAAACGUCGUUUAUGAUUGGUUAGCUCAACAGAAUAAUACAUCACAAAAAACUAUUCUAAAUAAGAUCACACGUCGUGGGACUGGUAGUGCAUCGAAUGACGGAACAGAGACAUCCGUACCGGAUAACAUAUUGAGUAAAUUUCGAAAAUCAUGUGCCGCUUAUUGCACGGCUGGUUUUAUCAUUGGACUUGGCGAUCGUCAUCCAUCGAAUAUUAUGUUAACACCUGAUGGUCGUUUAUUCCAUGUUGAUUUCGGUCAUAUUCUAGGCGAUUAUGUGAAAUUUGGAAAUAUAUUUCCUCGUGAAACAACCAGUAUUGUCCUUGUCGAACCAUUUCUUUAUGUUAUCAAUAAUCGCAAAUCAAACGAUACCACUGAAUAUCGAGAUUUCAUUCAAAUCUGUUUACAAACAUUUCGUCUGCUACGUGAACACGCUACAUCAAUUUUUGGUCUACUUUACUUGAUCAUCUAUGCGCGUCUACCAUUAUUGAACAAUGUUACACAUCUGAAUUAUCUACGUCAAGCAUUAUUUUUGACCGGAGAGAAGCCCUACGAAAGCAAAAGUGCUGUUCAAGCGUAUAAAAGAAAAAUUGAAUCAGCACAGAAUGACACACGACGAUUUUUAGACUGGAUUGCCCACGCUUUCGUUCAUAAGCCACAACGCUAA